CUGAGUGUGGAAGACACCGUCUAAUAAGAUGAGGGCCUACAUGGAAUGAGAGGGGAAAAGGAAAAGGGCCAUGAGUACGGGCAUGCUCUCUCUGGCCUGCUUUGCCAUGCCUUCCCCCAUGAUGGACUAACACUUCUGAAGUUCUGACUCAAUGUAAAUACUUUCGCUCUGGUUGUCCAUUCCAGUAUUUGGUCACUGUGAUUUUAAGCUGACUAGACAACAGGUACCUGGAGAAUGAAGUCGCACUAGAUAAUUUAUUAAAAUACAGUCUGUAGCAUAAACGCAGGAGCUCCCAUGAAUUCCACUUGCAAAGGGAGACAGUAGCUCAUAGAACCUGAAGGCCAUAGGAGGAGCUGAGUGUGGGCACAUUCCUGCAGAGACCCUGGCUCGGGGCUUUCACAUGUUUUUGUUUCUUUAAAGUAAUUGUGAGGGUUUGUUUUGUCAAAUUGACACAGUUGACCUACAAUCGCCCAGGGAGCUGGUUUCACUGAAGGAAUGUUUACAAUAGGAUGCCCCCUGAGCAUGUCUCUGGGGGCAUUGUCUGCAUCGCCUUAGUUGUUCUGAGAAAGCCUACUCUAAGUGUGGGCAGCACCUGCUGGUAGCAGUCCAGGUAAGGAUGUGAAGAAAUGAAGUUUUGCUCUUUUGCUGGGUCAGCCUUCAUUCCUGUUGGCAAAUUCAUCUGCCUUUUGCUGCUUGCUGCUGCUGCUGUCAUGGAUAGUUGAAUCAGCUUCUUCAGGCUUCCAACUCUCCAUGAACCCUCCAGUGCCAGAGAGGGACUGCUGAGUCACCCAGCCUCAUGGACUGAGCAACUGCCUCUCUGGUGUGAGGCAGCCAUUAUUGGACUACCCAGACCGUAUCAUGAAGCAUGGCCGAUACUCCAAAGGAAGGAAAACUGACCAGAUUUCUGGACUUCACCCAGCUGAUUGACAUGGCCUCUGAGUGCGUGGGAGGAAAGGUUUUGUUUGCGACAGAUGACUUUUUCGCCCCUGCAGAAAACCUCAUAAAGAGCAGUAGUCCGAGUUUUAAGGAACAUGAAUAUACCCAGUUUGGGAAAUGGAUGGAUGGAUGGGAGACCAGGCGGAAGCGGAUUCCAGGUCAUGACUGGUGUGUCAUCCAGCUGGGGGUACAGGGCAUUAUCCGUGGCAUCGACGUGGACAUUUCUUACUUCUCAGGGAGCUACGCCCCUCGCAUGUCAAUUCAAGCAGCAAACUUGAGUGAAGAAAGAGUGCCAGACAUCCCACCCAGAGGAGUCAAGACAGGAGCUGCAGCGACGCCUGAGGAGUUUGGAGUCAUUAGCGAGCUAAAAUCAGACUCCUGGGAGUACCUGGUUCCCAUGUCAGAGCUUAAGCCAGGGGACCCUGACUCCGGCCACAACUAUUUUUUGGUCAAUUCCCAGCAGAGAUGGACUCACGUAAGACUCAACAUCUUCCCAGAUGGUGGCAUCGCACGCCUCCGAGUGUACGGUACUGGACAGAGGGACUGGACGUCAUCGGGUGUCAAGGAUCCUGUAGACCUUGUGGCCAUUGCUUUUGGGGGAAUCUGUGUAGGAUUUAGUAAUGCGCACUUUGGUCAUCCAAAUAAUAUGAUAGGUGUUGGCAAGCCCAGGUCCAUGGCAGACGGCUGGGAAACUGCUAGGAGGCUGGACAGACCACCCGUGUUAGAAAAUGAUGAGAACGGCCUUCUCCAGGUCCCGGGGUGUGAGUGGGCGGUGUUCCGAUUGGCACACCCUGGAGUCAUCACCCAAAUUGAAAUCGAUACGAAGUACUUUAAAGGCAAUUCUCCCGACAGCUGCAAAGUGGAUGGGUGCAUCCUGACCACGCAGGAGGAGGAAGACAUGAUCAGGCAAAAGUGGGAUCUACCUGCCCAUAAGUGGAAGCCGCUGCUUCCGGUCACCAAGCUAUCUCCCAAUCAAAAUCACCUGUUGGACAGCCUGACCCUGGAGCUCCAGGAUGUCAUCACGCAUGCCAGGAUCACCAUCACCCCGGAUGGGGGCAUAAGCCGCCUUCGGCUCAAGGGCUACCCCAGUUCCAUCUGUUUGCUGCGGCCCCUCCGGGAGAAGCCCAUGCUGAGGUUCUCUCUGGGCUUCAGGGCAAAUCUUUAAACAGCACAUCCAUGGUAGUCAUCAUCCACCCACUGUCCUCAGUGUUCCAAACACCUGGUGGUUCAAUAAAGCGAUCACCCAACCCAC